GAUCGUUCAAGCGGAUGAUCUCGACGCGUACCGGGCGGCCAUGGAGAAGGAGGGUGGCGACCUGAUUUCUCGGCUGACGACACAGAGGUAUGAGUUCGGGUGGACGGCGCUGCAUUUCAUUGCAGGCAACAACGCCGUGCGCAUUUUGGAUUGGAUCCUGGGCGAGGUUCCUGGCACAGUGUCUGGCGGAGAUGACAAGGAUCUCCGAAAUGCGUACAUGAAGCUUCUGACGACGAAGUCCUCGGACAGCGAGAUCCCUUUGCAUCUGGCGGCCCAGGAGGGACACGUCGAGAUCAUCGAGAAGCUGCUGUCCGUUAUGGACGACAAGUUCCCCGACCAGAUUGGACGGAUACAGUGUGGAAACAAGAAUGAUGAUG